GACCAUUGGUCAUGGAUAAGAGAAUAUAGAGACAUAAAGAAAAACCAAUAUGGAAAUCCAAGUAAACCAUCUUCACCGGUUCUCUUUAAACCAUCCAAAACAGCCACCUUUUACCGCCUCUUUCAAUCACCGUGCAACCGCCGUAAAAGUAUAUGCAGUCGCAGACAAUGCGCAGAAGCUAAUACAGUCUGGAACCGUGGUCGCCAUUCUUCCAAAAGACGCUGUAACGGCGAUCAAAGAUGAAGGGUACAAGCUUCUUGACAUUAGGCCAGAAUGGGAAAGAGAAAAGGCAUGUGUAUCCGGGUCAAUGCACGUGCCAUUGUUCGUAGAAGAUAUGGAUAAUGGGCCUAUAACAUUGUUGAAGAAAUGGGUUCAUUUUGGUUAUAUUGGGGCGUGGACUGGUCAGAAUUUUACAAUGAUGAAUCCUGAUUUUGUUGAUCAAGUUGAGAAAAUGGUUCCUGAUAAGACUACUAAAGUUCUUGUUGCUUGUGGUGAAGGUUUAAGGUCGAUGAUGGCAACAUCAAAACUACAUAAAAACGGAUAUAAAAAUUUGGGGUGGCUGGCUGGAGGAUUCAAUCGUGCCGUUGAUGGAGAUUUCACAGAAGUGGAGGGGCCAGAGAAGUUGCAGUAUGCUACCAUUGGAGGUGCAUCUUAUUACUUUCUUAAGAUCCUUAUUUUGUUGCAAGCAGUGGGGAAGAACAAUUAGUUUACGUGUUAAUAUUUUAGUUCCAUCUUUCAAUCUGUGAACAUUCAAAUUAUAUGAGUCUAAAUAUUCUAUGUAGUUGCCAAAAAUGAUAACAAUGUAUUACUUAUCUGAGUAUUUAAUCCAUAAUCUUAUACAUA